AUGAGCUUUUUCGACAAAUGGGGUUACGAUGAUAUCAGGACCAAAGAAUUAGAUGAUCUCUGUGAGAUCAAACAUUAAGGAAUACAAUCAUUUCAAGAUAUUGCUUUAGUCAAGCAACAACUUGAAUUAAUGAAGCUUCAAUCCUUCCAAUUGAGAGAAUAAGUCCAAGUCAAAAGAGAGAAUUUAGAAUAAAUUAAAGAAUUGACCAAAAAUAUGGAAAUGCUCCUAGAAGAGGAAUCCUAGGACAUUGAAAAGAAAAUCGAGGUGGAGAGGAAAACAAACAAUGAACUAAGUCAAUAUAAUAUCAAAAAACAAUCCAUCCCUCAUUUAGAAGAUUUGCAACAAUACAUUACGCCUCUCAAUGAGAGGACAUAGUUAUAUUAGCAAAUCUAAAAUAAACGAAGAGAAUUGUUUGGUGAAAACUAUACUUUAAUGCCACCUCAAACUUUUAAGGAUGCUUUGAAAGAGAACUACGAUCUGAAAUAAUAGUUGCAUGAAUUAAAAAUGAAGAUUAAGUAAUGA